GUUCUCGUGAGUGCAAGCAUUUCCCGUACUGACGAUGAGACUCAUCUCUCUGCUCGGGCUCCCCUUUGUGGCUGCUCUUGCUAGCGCAGCCGCAGUACCCUUCAAGGGCUGCCAGCACAAGGUGAAAGAGAGCAUUCAUGGUCCACCCCGCGGAUGGUCCAAGCAUACUUCUGCGCCCAAGCACCAUAUGCUUGAGCUUAAGAUCGCUUUACCUCAGCCCAAGUUCCCGGAGCUCGAGCAGCACCUCUGGGAGGUGAGCGACCCUAGUCACUCACGUUAUGGGGCGCACCUGUCGAAGGAGGAGACUGAUGCUCUCAUGGCUCCCCAUCCUGAAUCUUUGGACAUUGUCAACGAAUGGCUUGCUUCAUACGGCCUAGCAGAAGAAAGUCUCCUUCGUUCAUCUGCCAACGAUUGGGUCACUAUUCGUGUCCCAGUCAGCCUUGCCGAACAAAUGCUGGAUACCACUUAUUCUGUUUAUAAGCACGCUGAGACCGGAGAGAGCAUUGUCCGCACCACGAGCUACAGUCUCCCAGAGAUCUUGCAUGAUCAUGUUGAUCUUAUACAGCCAACGACCAUGUUCGCUCGCUUCAAGGCGUUCAAGAGCACGCUGCACUGGACUAACCAGGCUCAAGCUCCAGUCUUGAGCACAUCUAGUGGAACGAUCACAGGACCUGCAGGCAAUCAGGUUGAUGCAAGUUGCAACAGCUCGAUCACGAUUUCAUGCUUAAAGCAGUUGUAUAAUUCAGUAGCUUACAACACGUCUGCUACAAACGGCAACAAGAUGGGUCUCACUGCUUACCUGGACCAGUAUGCCAACAACAUGGACCUCCAACAAUUCUUCCAGCUUGAAAACCCAUCUGCUUACGGUUCAAACUACACUUUCGUUUCCGUUAACGGUGGAUUGAACAAUCAGUCCUAUGCGGCAGCAGGCGUUGAAGCUAACCUUGACACUCAAUUUGGCUUUGGACUCACAUGGCCCACUCCUGGAACGUUUUACUCGACUGCUGGCGAGCCCCCUUUUGACCCUGAUUACUUCACGCCGACUGAUACGAAUGAGCCAUACUCAUACUGGCUCGACUACGUUCUUUCGCAGCCUUCACUUCCUCAAACAAUCUCUACCAGUUAUGGUGAUGAUGAGCAAACUGUCCCAUUCACCUAUGCAGACCGUGUCUGCGCUGGCAUGGCAGCUCUCGGUGCUCGUGGAGUUUCUAUCUUGUUCUCCUCUGGUGAUUCUGGUGUUGGUGAUGGCGAUCCCAAUCCUGCCACACAGAUGUGCCACUCCAAUGACGGGCUCAACGUCACGAAAUUCUUGCCCGCUUUUCCCGCUUCCUGUCCAUAUGUGACAGCCGUGGGCGCCACUGUCAAUAUCCCAGAGACUGCUGUAUCCUUUUCCGGUGGUGGCUUCAGUAACUAUUUUGUUCGUCCAGCCUACCAAGAAGUUGCUGUCUUAGAGUACCUAACAAAACUCGCUCCUGGUACCUACGAGGGUCUCUACGCUCCCGAAGGGCGCGCAUAUCCCGAUGUGUCAGCCCAGGGGGUUAACUUCAGUGUUGUCUACCAGGGCCAGACGAUACCCGUUGACGGCACAUCCUGUUCUUCACCCACAUUUGCCUCGUUCGUAUCCAUGCUGAAUGACGCACGCCUUACUGCCUUCAAAUCCCCUCUCGGCUUCCUCAACCCUUUCUUGUACUCCGCUGGGUACUCCGCGCUAAAUGAUAUCACCAUGGGCCACAACCCAGGAUGUGGAACUGAGGGCUUUAAUGCCACGACUGGCUGGGAUCCUGUUUCAGGCUUUGGGACACCCAAUUUCGAGAAAUUGUUGGCACUGGUCUUGAGCCUGCCCUAAAUAUAGUAGAUGAAUAAAUCAUCUAUGUAUGAUGUAUUUACUAUCUAUGCUGUGUACAUCAUGAAUAAGUUAAGGUUACAACGGUACCAUUACUAGAGAGGCCC